AUGGGGAGGUCGGCGAAGGCUCUCCGCCUUGCCGCCGUCACCUUGAUGGCGGUGCUUGAGCUCAGCCUCGUCGGCGCCAACUUCCUGGGCGACUGCGACAUCACGUGGGAGCCGCAGAACGCCAAGAUGGACGAGGGCGGAAACCACCUGACGCUGUCCCUCGUCAGCAACUCCUCAGGCAGUAUGCUACGGACCAAGAAGCAGUUCAUCUUCGGCAGCGUUUCCACUCGGAUCAAGCUAGUGAAGGGCAACUCGGCUGGCACGGUCACGACCUACUACACGUCGUCCAUCGGCGACAACCACGACGAGAUCGACUUCGAGUUCCUGGGCAACGAGACUGGCAAGCCCUACACCGUGCACACCAACGUCUUCGCCGACGGCAUAGGUCAGAAGGAGAUGCAGUUCCGGCCGUGGUUCGACCCCACCGCCGAUUACCACAACUACACCAUCUUCUGGAACCAGUGCAUGAUCGUGUGGUUCAUCGACGAUAUCCCGAUCCGUGUGUUCCGGAACUACUCGGCGCAGGGCGUGCCGUUCCCGACGCGGCGGCAAAUGUACGCCUUCUCCAGCAUCUGGGCGGCGGAGGACUGGGCCACGCAGGGCGGCCGCGUGAAGACGGACUGGACCAAGGCGCCUUUCGUCGCCGAGUACCGCGACAUCAACCUCCGCGUCUGCGACUGCGCCUCGUACGGCGCCGCCGGGUGCCCGGACAGCUGCGCCUCGUCGUCAAACUGGUACGCCGCGCCGGACCUGUGCCAGCUGAGCGAGAAGCAGCUGCGGCAGAUGCACGCCGUGCAGCUCGGGUACACCAUCUACGACUACUGCGCCGACGGCAAGAGGUACAACGGAACGGUGCCGCCCGAGUGCAGCAUGCGACAGUACUGA